UGGGGGGGGGCUUGAGGGGAGAUUGAAGAGGAACGCUCGUACUUGUCGGAAAAGGCAGUGGAGAGUUGAGGUCGCAGGAGUCCUUUUUUUUUGUUUUAUUUAGCUCGUAGAGUGGAGGCGGCCUUUGCUUUGCCUUGUUUCGCGUGGUCGGUGAUGCUCCCGCGGCUCCAGCCUACUCAUGCAUAAUGAUGCCUUAGAAAAAUAUCAUGGAUAAGUAUAUUAAGGUACAGAAGAUUGGUGAAGGGUCUUUUGGGAAAGCAAUUCUGGUUAAAGCAAAGGAAAAUGGCAAACCAUAUGUUAUUAAGGAGAUCAAUAUAUCAAAGAUGUCAAAUAAAGAGAGAGAAGAAUCGAGGAGGGAAGUUGCGGUGUUGGCAAACAUGAAACAUCCAAAUAUUGUCCUAUACAAAGAAUCAUUUGAAGAAAGUGGCUGUCUUUACAUAGUGAUGGAUUAUUGUGAAGGAGGAGAUCUUUUCAAAAAGAUCAAUGCACAAAAAGGUGUCUUGUUUUCAGAAGACCAGAUCAUGGAUUGGUUUAUACAGAUCUGUUUAGCACUGAAACAUGUACAUGACAGAAAAAUUUUGCAUCGAGAUAUAAAGUCACAGAAUAUAUUUUUAACCAAAGAUGGAACAAUACAGUUGGGAGACUUUGGCAUAGCUAGAGUUCUUAAUAGUACAGUGGAGCUUGCUCGAACAUGUAUAGGAACACCAUAUUACUUGUCACCUGAAAUCUGUGAGAACAAGCCUUACAACAAUAAAAGUGACAUAUGGGCUCUUGGUUGUGUUCUCUAUGAAAUGUGUACACUGAAACAUGCUUUUGAAGCUGGUAACAUGAAAAAUCUGGUACUCAAGAUCAUUUCUGGAUCAUUUCCUCCUGUUUCUGUGCAUUAUUCCCAUGAACUCCGGUGUCUGAUUUCACAGUUGUUUAAAAGAAAUCCUAGGGAUAGACCAUCUGUCAACUCCAUAUUGGAGAAGCCUUUUAUAGCUAAACGCAUUGAAAAAUUUCUCACUCCUCAGCUUAUUGCAGAAGAAUUCAGCCAUAAAGUAUUCCCAAAGUUUGGACCACAUGCUGGACCAGCAAAGAGACCAGCUCAAGGACAAAACUUGGCCUCUGCUGCACCUGCUCAGAAAAUUACAAAACCUGCUGCUAAAUAUGGAGUGCCUUUAAUACUUAAGAAGUCUGGGGAUGCAGCUAAAAAAAUCCAUGAAAAGCCUUUAAUUAGAUGUAGACAGGCCCUUCCAUCUCCAGUGAAGAAAGGGAAACCAGUAGAAGAAAGGAGGAAAAUGUUUGAGGAAGCUGCAAAAAGAAAAAAGCUAGAUAUCUUUGAGAAAGAAAAACGACAGCAUGAACAGAUCAGUUUCAUGAAGGCUGAGCAGAUGAGAAGACUUGAGAAAGAAAGGAUAGAACGAAUGAACAGAGCCAGAGAACAGGGUUGGAGGAAUGUGCUCAGCACAGGUGGAAGUGGUGAAAUCAAGGCUCAGUUUUUUGGAGGCGGAGGACCUAUUGUGCCUUUACCUGUGCCUGGUCGAGGACCAUAUGAACAUUAUCAUGCUAUUUUUGAUCAGAUACAGCAACAAAAGGAAAAUAUAAAAGUAACAGAAGGGAAGGAUGCUGAAUUGAGAGAAAAGCCUGGUCAAGAACCUGUUGAAAGAGGACUUCCAGCUGCAGUUCAUGCAGGAGUUUCUAAUGGGCCUGCAGUUCACCAUCAUUCACCUCAUGCUGAUGCUAUUAGGAAAAGAAUGAAAAGAUUGGAGGAGGUGUCUAGACAAGCCAAUGCUAACAGGCAAAAAGGAUGGGUAGCUGCAGAAAGAGCUAAACAAGUUGAGGAAUUCUGGCAACGGAAGCAAGAAGCCAUGCAAAACAAAGCUCGUGCUGAAGGACACAUGGAUACACUGCAAAACCCGACAGCUAUCUAUGGAGGCAGGCCUAUUUCUUCAAGAGGAAGGAAAGCCAGAAACAAGGAGGAAGAGGAAUACUUGGCACGACUAAGACAAAUUAGACUUCAAAACUUCAAUGAACGCCAGCAAAUUAAAGCUAAACUUCGUGGAGAAAAGAGUGAAAGUGGUGGUUCCCCCAUACAUGAAAUUAAUGAAGAAGCAGAACUACGGCGCAAAAAAAUUGAAGCACUAAAGGCACAAGCAAAUGCACGAGCUGCAGUCUUGAAAGAACAGCUAGAACGAAAGAGAAAAGAAGCUUAUGAAAGAGAGAGGAGAGCUUGGGAGGAACAUUUGGUAGCUAAAGGGAUAAAGAAUCCCAUGGGAGCUGCAGAAUUGAGUCCUCCACAUAGCAAGCAAGAAGUUGGAGGUUCUCCUACCAGGGUAUUGAAGUCCAGCAUACCGCACAUCAUCUCUAUGACUUCAGCUUUGAAGGAAGUGGGUGUGGUCGAAAAUGCAGCAGUUGCCCAAGAAACCCCAGCAGAAAUAAAAUCAGACAUUGGUGUUCAGAACAAGCGAGAAAUACUCCGCAGACUGAAUCAAAACUUUAAAGUACAGGAAGUUGUGAAAGAAAAAAGUGAACCUAAAAGUAUCUGUGAGGUAGCUGUCACUGAUGAGAAUGACCAGCAUGAAGGAGAAAAGUGCCCAAUUUUAGCUGAUCGUAAGAAAUGGGAGGCAGGGGAACAACUGGUGGUUCCUCUAGCACGGUUAACAAUGGAAGAAUCCUUCUCUGGUACAGAAGCACAUACAUUAGGAGAGGUUAUUAAGCUAGAUGUUGCUGAACACCAUCGAAAAGUCUGGGGCAAAAGCCCCACUGAUUCAGUGCUGAAGAUUCUUGGGGAAGCCGAAUUACAACUUCAGACUGAUCUGCUAGAUGACUUAACUAUUACUAAUGAAGUUCCAAAGGAAGAAUUAGUGGUAAAAACAAAUGGUGAAAUGAGAGCAGCAACUCCAGUUGGAGAAGAAUCAUCAGGUGAAAUUGACAGUACUGAAAAAAUUACACCAGAAAAGCUUUCUGCACCUAAGUUUAUCCAGUUAUUGCCCAAGCCUGAUUUGAUAAAUGAGCCUGAAGACCUGGAAACAGAAUUGUUAGAAGAAACUAAAGAAAAUAAAUGCAAAACAAAUGAAUUUCCUGUUACAACUGAUGUUUGGAUUAAAGAAGGAAAAGUAAAGGAACCAGUGUCACAAGAUCAUACUGACAGUAGCCAGUGUGACAACAAGGAAGAUCAUGCUGAAGGAGAUGGAAAUUCAAAGAAAACAUCACUCAGUGAUGAAGCAGCAGUAGAAAUGAAUGAUUCUAUGCAACCUGAGCCCUUUUUCCAAAAGGUAGGGCAGCAUCAACCAAGAUUAACAGCUUUUCCAGUUCUGUCAGCCCAGUCUUCUCUUGAUGAUUCUCUUCCAACAAGAUCUCGCUCUGUAUCACCAGAAAAAACAAAAGGCAAAAAUUCACUGUUGAUAGGUCUUUCUACUGGUCUCUUUGAUGCAAACAAUCCAAAGUUACUGAGAACCUGUUCACUCCCAGAUCUUUCCAAGCUCUAUAGAACAUUAGUUGAUGUUCCCAGUGUUGCUGAUGUACAGAAUCAACAGAAUCUUGAAAUAGAGGAUAUGGAAGAUGAACCUGUCAAAGGAGAACAGUCUGAUUCUGAAGACAUUAUGUUCGAAGAGGCAGAUACUGAUUUGCAGGAGCUUCAGGCUUCAAUGGAGCAAUUGCUUAGAGAGCAGCCCAGUGAUGAGUUCAGUGAAGAGGAAGAAGCAACUUUAAAAGCUGAAUGCCUAGCAAAUGGUACUGAGGUGGAUGACGAUGAUAACAAUCCCAGUAGCGAAAGUGCUCUUAAUGAAGAAUGGCAUUCAGACAACAGUGAUGGUGACAGUGCUAGUGAAUGUGAAGAGUAUGAUAGUGUUUUUAAUCAUUUGGAAGAGCUGAGAUGUAAUCUGGAGCAGGAAAUAGGCUUUGAAAAAUUCAUUGAAGUUUAUGAGAAAAUAAAGGCUAUACAUGAAGAUGAAGAUGAAAACAUUGAUAUUUGUUCAACAAUAGUGCAGAAUAUUUUAGGAAAUGAACACAAGCAUCAAUAUGCCAAAAUUCUCCAUUUAGUAAUGGCAGAUGGAGCUUAUCAGGAAGACAAUGAUGAAUAACAUACCUUGGUGACAUUCUGAGCAAAAUGUAGGUGUAUGGGUUCUGUUGAGCAGAAUAACAAGGCACAAAUGAAAAACAACAGUUUACCGAGGCAAGCUUUAAAUCUUGUUGAUUGUUUGGAGGUGGAAAAAUUUACCCAUCCCACUGAAAGGCUUUUUAUAGAUUCCCUUUGCCCUAUAGGUUCAUUUGUUCAAAUGAUAACUGUACAUUUUGUUUAAAAUGAAUAGCAAAGAAUAGAAGGGCUGACUCAGAAAUUACUUUCUAUUUGAGAUCAUGUGUGUGAAUAAGCCCAUGUCAUAUUAGCUACUGUUUGUAUAAAUCUAAGCAGUGAAAAAGAACAACCCAAACUAAAAAGAACUUUUAAAGUUAUUUACAUCAGUGGUUUAAAACACCCUAACUGAUUUUACUGUUGGAAAUGUUGGAGACUUGACUUUUUUUUUCUUCAAAGUACUUUGUCAUUUCUCAGUAACAGUCUUCUUGAUCUUCAACACACAUUAUGUGGAAGCACUUCUCAUUAAAAUCAGUGGUAUAUUUCCAUAGGAUGUAUUUUUUUUUUUUUUUGCUCAAGGCACUUGAGUAUUUCGUGUAUAUGUUUGUGUAAAAGAAUAAUCUUCAGAAUUUGCAGUAUUUUUGCCAUGAUCAAUUACCAUUUGUUCUGCCAAUCAAAGCCACAGUGUAUCAUUUUCAAGACCUAAUUUGAUUUCUUUCAGUUCAGUUAAAGAAUGAGCUUGCUGAGAUUCUGCUGUUUUCUACUGUAAAUCACAGCAGUUUUCAAUGUGAAUGCUUCUUUUACAGUACUGCGAUGUACACGGUUAGUUUACUGCUCAUUUUGGGCCUGUAAUUGGGACCAUCCUAGCAGUGAUGGAGAUCAGAGUUAAUGUAAAUAUUGUACUGCUACUCUUUUGAAAACAAGAUAUGUAUCUUGCAGCCAGAUUGUCCAAAGGAAACAAGUAUUUUAUGCUUUCUGCCUCUUCCCUCUAAGAGAGGAAGGGGUACUUUAUGGGGAAUUAGACAAAUUCCUAUAAGAUGUUGACUUAAAAUAUUUCUAGAGUGCAACAGGUAAUAUCAGCAAGCUAGCUGAAUCAGCUGUAUGUUUAACAUCCAGUUUUUCUAUUGAAAAAGUAGCUCUGUGUUCCCUGGCUAAUAGCAUGUCAGGCAGAAAAUACAUAUGUGAACUCACAAUUAUUCUAACACUAAAUUUUAAAGUUAUGUUUCACUUCUAACAACACAAAAUAAAUGCUUGGCUUUUCUGUA